CCAGCCCCACGACUGUCCCCUGUAGCAGUCACAGGAGGGGUCGUACUUCCCCACCUUAGAGGGAUUGUCCCACAGUAACUUUCCAUCUGAUGCUGGAAGAAAAGAGUUGGUGACAGUAUCUGAGGAAGAAUCUCACUAUCUAAAACAUACUAUAGAAGACUUCUGACUCAUAUUGGUGACAUCUUGCAAAAGUACAGGCAAAAAGACAAAAGUUAGAGGUAGCAUGAUUCUCUAUAAAGUAAAUCCAGAGGUUUUAGCCAGAAAACACAGGUAUGGACAACAUGAUCUAAGAUGAAGAGGAGCCAGUGUAUGCUGUAAAUUAUUGAACUAUAGUAUUGAGAACUUUGUCUAGUUUAGAGGCUGUGGUGUGGAGCGUGUUGAGAGAGAGUUUAAUGUGGUUAGUUUGGCUACACAUUCACAGAUUCCUGCUUAAUCUGUAAUCCGUAUAUCACAGGGAUUUCAUUACAUUCCAGUUUUCUGUGGCAUAUAGAUAUUUUAAUUUUUUUAGACUUUAAUUAUUUUUGAAGUAAAAUAAGCAUUUUCUAGCCUAAAAAAAUCAUAACAGGGUUAUAAUAGGCUUUAUCAGAAUGUGGGGAGUGUUUUUAUGACUUAAAAUAUAUAAAAAUAAUAAAAUAAACAUAUGGUUUCUACUUUUUUAUAUAUCUUGGAGGAUCCUGAAGCAUAACCUUCAUUUUGUUCACCGUCCUUCAAAGGCCUGUUUGAGUGUUAGGACUUAAUCUUAGGGUUAGGGCAGGGGUUGGCAACCCUGAGCACGCGUGCCACAGCUGGCAUGCAAAGGGUUAACUGAUGGCACAACCAUGCCCGACUGGCCAUCAGGCAUACCGGGCAUUUGCCUGGUGGGCCGAUGGUGAUUUAAAUGGCGCCGGUGAGGUCGGCUGCCGUGCUGGAUGCUCUGCCCCAACUUCUCUACUUUUUGCGGUUUUUCGCCACUUUUUGCUAUAUCUGCCAUAAUCUUGCAUGGGCAUCAUGCAAAACACACAAAUUCGCUACAGUAGAGAGACUCUGGUUUCUAUUGGUCUACAAUACACGAACAUUUCACCAUGUUUAACUCCAGACCCAACCUGGCCAAAGGAGAUCCUGAGAGAGAACAAAGGACGCGACCCUAAGCGACGGCCUCGAGGGAAACGAGCCGGCAUCAGGAACAGGCUACGGGCUCGUGCACACCGCGCACCCAUGCCCAGUAUCCUGCUAGCCAAUGUUCAAUCCAUCGAGAACAAGCUUGAGGACCUCAGAGCCAGAAUCAAGUUCCAGAGAGACAUUCGGGACUGCAACCUCCUCUGCUUCACCAAGACUUGGCUGAACCCAGCGAUACCAGACCACGCCGUGCAGCCGGCGGGGUUCUUUUCAGUUUACCGCAUGGACAGGACAAUGGAGUCGGGGAAGAAAAGAGGUGGUGGAGUGUGUUUGAUGGUGAACAACAGAUGGUGCGACAGCACAAACAUCUCCCCACUCACACGCUCUUGCUCGCCCAAUCUGGAACUUUUGAUCAUUAAAUGUCGCCCUUUCUAUCUCCCUCGGGAAUUCACUGCGGUCAUUGCCUGCACUGUUUACAUUCUGCCUCACGCGGACUCGGAGACUGCCUUAUGUAAGCUGCAUCAGGCUCUCACACAUCAACAAACACUUCACCAAGAUGCCGCACUCAUUGUUAUGGGAGAUUUUAACAGAGUGAAUCUCAAACGGACAUUCCACAACCUUCACCAGCACAUCAACUGCCCCACCCGGGGCACUAGGACAUUAGACCACUGCUACACCCCGUUCAAGAACUGUUACAAGGCUCAGCCCCUGCCGGCAUUUGGAAAAUCGGACCAUGCCGCCAUCUUCCUCAUGCCUGCCUACAAACAAAGGCUAAAGCAGCAACCACCAAUCAGGAGGGAGGUCGCUCGCUGGACAGACCAAUCAGUGGCCGCGCUGCAGGACGCACUGGAUGACGCAGACUGGGACAUGUUUCGGCGCAGCUCUGAUGACAUCAACAUGUUUACGGAAGCGGUUGUGGGAUUUAUCGGGAAACUAGCGGACGACACAGCAGAAAGAACUAUCAUCCGAACGUUUCCCAACCAGAAGCCGUGGGUGGAUAAAAACAUCCGCGAUGCUCUGAGAUCACGCACCGCUGCCUACAAUGAAGGGCUCGUCUCCAGUAAUAUGGACCUAUACAAGGCUGCGUCCUACAACGUGCGCAGCGCGGUCAGAAAGGCAAAGCGGAGCUACGGGGAAAAACUAGAGUCACAGCUACGACAGUGCGACUCUAGGAGCCUGUGGAAAGGACUGCGGACUAUAACGGACUAUAAACGACCAGCUUCUUCAAUGAUGAAUGCCAAUGCUUCACUGGCUGAUGAGCUGAACACGUUUUAUGCUCGCUUCGACGCCGCAGCAAUUAAAACAACAAACGGCUGCGCGUGCUCGGAGUGCACCAGUGAAGACAAAGCCUUCAUCAUCACAGAGCAUGCCGUGAGGAACACCUUCAGGAGGGUGAACACCAGGAAGGCAGCAGGACCAGAUGCAAUCCCAGGCCGGGUCCUGAGAGCCUGUGCUGAUCAGCUAGCACCGGUGUUCACGGAGAUCUUCAACCUCUCCCUGGCCCAAGCAGUGGUUCCCAUGUGCUUCAAACAGUCCAUUAUUGUUCCUGUUCCAAAGAAACAACAGCCCGCUUGCCACAAUGACUACCGUCCAGUAGCACUGACUUCAAUUGUGAUGAAGUGUUUUGAAAGACUGAUGAGAGAUCACAUCACUUCUUCACUUCCUGCCACCAUCGACUCACUUCAGUUUGCUUACCGGACUAAUCGUUCCACAGACGAUGCCAUAUCUCAUCUGCUCCACACAUCCCUGAGUCACCUGGACACUGGCAGAGGGAAUUAUGUUAGGAUGCUGUUCGUGGACUACAGUUCAGCAUUCAACACAAUAAUUCCCUCUAAGCUUUUCACCAAGUUGAUGGAUCUAGGACUCAGCUCAUCACUGUGUCAUUGGAUCCUCAACUUCCUCACAGACAGACCCCAAUCAGUGAGGGUGGGAAAACAAGUCUCCCCCUCCAUCUCACUCAGCACUGGAGUGCCUCAGGGCUGUGUUUUAAGCCCCCUGCUGUACUCACUGUACACUUAUGACUGUGUAGCCACAUCAGACACCACCUCCAUUGUCAAGUUUGCUGACGACACUGUUGUUGUAGGCCUGAUCUCCGACAACAUCGAGACGGCCUACCUGGAGGAGAUUAGGAACCUGGAGACCUGGUGCCAGGAGAAUAACCUCCUCCUAAACAUCAGACUAAGGAGCUGAUCGUGGACUUCACUACAAAGCAGGCAAGGAAUUACAAACCCCUCAUCAUCAGUGGCAUGCCAGUGGAGAGAGUGGACAGUUUCCGAUACCUGGGUGUCCACAUCACUCAGGACCUGUCAUGGUCCUGUCACAUCAACACCCUGGUUAAGAAAGCCCGUCAGCGUCUCUUCUUCCUCAGAAGACUUAGAGACUUCCAUCUGCCACUGAAGGUGCUCAAGAACUUUUACUCCUGCACCAUCGAGAGCAUCCUGACGGGAAACAUCUGCACCUGGUUUGGGAACAGCACCAAGCAGGACAGACGAGAUCUGCAAAGAGUGGUGCGCUCGGCCGAACGCAUCAUUCAAUCAGAGCUCCCUGACCUGCUGUCCAUCUACACCAAGCGGUGCAAGUCCAAAGCUAGGAAGAUUAUGAUGGACCUCUCCCAUCCCAACAAUGGACUUUUCUCACUGUUGAGGUCUGGGAAGCGCUUCCGCUCCCUUAAGGCCAAAACAGAGAGAAUGAGGAGGAGCUUCUUCCCCCAGGCUAUUCGAGCCCUGAACCAGGUGUAGGACUGGACUCUCCCACACACAUCACAUCACUAUAAGACUGGACAUUUCCUAUGAUUUAUAAUCUUUAUAAUCUCUUUCUGCUAUUUGCACAUUUUUUACUGUAAAUUUCUAAGUUAAUUUGUAAAUUUUGUAGUAACCUGUAAAUUGUAAAUACUGUAAAACUUUUUUCUGUCAUUUAAUGGUCGGGCAUUGUACAGCUACAAGCAUUUCACCCCUAUGUCAUACUGUGUAUGGUUGUGUGUGUGACAAAUA